CAAUAGAUCCGCCCUAAUGUCAAAGGCAACUUAGUAAAAUCAGCCUUGAAAUACUCCUUUCCUAAACAGUCUUUCUGUUUCCCUUUUCUCAAAACUCCCUCCACAUUUCCUUAAACCACACCUUAAACCAUCCUGAAAAAAAGAGUCUGUCUCUCUCUCUCUCUCUCAUUAUGGCAUUUCUUCAAAACCAAUUUCCACUAGUUUUACUCUUGUUUUUCUUGUUGUUGUGUUUUUCACAGUGUGAAGGGGCUAAGUCAAUUCAUGAUCUCCUUAAAUCCAAAGGGUUACCAGCAGGACUUCUUCCUAAAGACGUGAAAUCUUACAACUUUUCAGAUACUGGACUUCUUGAAGUGUUUCUAGAUGGGCCUUGUUUGACUAAGUUUGAUACUAUGGCUUUUUAUGACAGUGUAGUGAAGGCUAAUCUCACUUAUGGUUCACUUGCUGGAGUUGAAGGCCUUUCUCAACAAGAGCUUUUUGUAUGGUUACCAGUUAAAGGGAUUAUGGUUGAUAAUCCUUCCUCUGGUCUUAUUCUUUUUGAUAUUGGUUUGGCUCAUAAACAGCUUUCUCUUUCUCUUUUUGAAGAUCCUCCCCAUUGCACAUCAGAUGGCGUUUUGAAGAAGAAUGGUCGGAAGGAGAAAGGAUUUGAAGAUCAAAGAUAAGAGAUGGCCAUUUUCGAAUUAAAUAUCCAUAAUAAUUAAUUUGGGGGUUGGGGGUGGGGGUGGGG